AAACUUGACGCAACUGAACACCCGAUGACAACCUACUUCAAAAGACGAAUCAGGACACCUAAUUUGCUAUCAGUCGCACUCUGCUGGAUAGAAUCCAUGAUGCCUAGCAGUCCACCAAAUAUGACACCAAGCAUUAUUUGAAUUACGCAGACAAUACCAACAUGAAUCACAUCAUCCAUUUAGUUCCAAGCCAAUGGUAUCGCGCUUAAUAGUAUUAAUUAGAUAGAUAGUUGAUUAAUUGCAAAGGUUUUUUUUUUCCAGGACAUUCUAGAGACACGUGUCAUAUUAAAAAAAUGCAAACCUCUAUGAAUCUAUCAGUGGGGAUUCCUCACUCAACGACGCUCAAUCUAUUUCCCCAAAACAGAACACGCAUUUCCGCUAUUAAAUCACUUCAAUCUAAUCCAUCCCCCAUGGAUCCUCCGAAGAAAGUGGUUGUUUGCGGCGGCGGAGUCAUAGGUGUCUGCACCGCUUACUUUCUCGCCAAGAAAGGCGCCGCCGUCACACUCAUCGAGAAAUCCAACAUCGCAUGCGCUGCUUCUGGCAAAGCCGGCGGAUUCCUCGCCUUAGAUUGGUGCGACGGAGGUCCAAUCGAACAACUUGCUCGCGCAAGCUUCAAUCUCCACCGUUCACUCUCUCAAGAGCUUAACGGCUCACAAUCAUACGGUUACAGAUCGCUCGAGGCUCUCAGCCUCACCGUAACCGAAGAACCAAAGCGCACUUCGAGUUCUAGUUCUAGUUCUGACGCGUUGCCGUCUUGGGUUGAUGGCCCGGCACGCGGGCCUAAGACGAUUGGGACUCACGAAACGACGGCGCAGGUGCACCCGCAACUGUUUACUCGGACGCUAAUUGAGAACGCGGUGGAGAAACACGGUGUGGAAAUUUUGAUUGGGAAAUUGGAGCGGUUGGAGGUGGAUGGAGGAAGAGUUGAAUCGGUGGUUCUAGAAGGAGGGUUGGUUGUGGAUGCGGAUGCUGUGGUUUUGGCAUUGGGUCCUUGGUCCAGUAAGCUUGAGUUGUUGUCUUCGAGGUUUAGAGUUUCGGGGCUUAAGGCUCAUAGUAUUGUUUUGGAGCCUAGAGAACCCAACGCCAUAACACCCCAUGCUCUUUUUCUCACCUACAAUGCCUCCAAUAGAAGAACACCUCUUGACCCUGAAGUAUACCCUCGCCCCACAGGGGAGGUGUAUGUGUGUGGGAUGGCAAAGGAGGAAGAAGUACCGGAUAAUCCAGAGGAGAUAAGGGGUGACAAAGAAUCCAUUGAAAUGCUGAAGAGGGUGGCUAAGACUGUGUCAAGCCAUCUUGGGGAAGAUGGAGUGAAGGUGGAGCAAGCAUGCUUUUUGCCGUGUACUGAUGAUGGAGUGCCGAUCAUAGGAGAGAUUACUGGGGUGAAGGGGUGUUAUGUAGCAACCGGACAUAGUUGUUGGGGUAUUCUAAAUGGUCCUGCCACUGGAGCUGCUGUUGCUGAGCUUGUUCUUGAUGGUUAUUCUACCAUCGUUGAUCUUAAAAAGUUUAGUCCUGCCAGAUUUGCUGGGCGCACCAAAGCCUAGAAUAACUUUAACACAAACACUUGUAAUUGAUUAUCAUUAAUAUACUAUAGUAACCACCACGGAUGAUACAGUGUGUUUUAAGGCCAUGUACAUGGGGAUAUAUAUACUCUUUUGCAACUUCACUACCAAUCAAAUAACUUUUCUUCUA